AUGUCUUUAGAAGAUGUGUCAAAUGAUUUGUCAAUGGUCAAUUGGAUUCGUCAGUGUGGUCAUGGACAUUUACUAGAUGAACAAAUUCGACCGUCUCGUAUUGCAUCAUCAAUACCACCACCAAUACCUCCUCGUAAUUAUAAUGAUAUUGAUCCUUAUUGUGAUUCAUAUCAUCGUUCAAGAUCUUUUUCUCGAUAUGAGAAUUUCCAUACUCAAUCAUAUAAUCCUCCAUAUAGAUGUAAUAGUUUUAUUUCAUCUCCAGCAGAAUUUCUAGCACCACGUGCAAAUCGAUCACAUGUUGAUAUGGAUAUUGAUACAAUGCGAUGUGAACCAAAUACUCGUGUUAUACGACAAGCAGCACAAGAUGAUGUCGUAUAUAAACAACGAGUAUUUGUAAGAUAUUUACAACCUCCAACUCCACCUGUUGGUGGACCAAUUAUUGUUCGAGAAAAACAACCACCACCACCACCUCCUGAAUCACCUCUUGUUAUUAAACGUGCUCCACCUCCACCUCCAACUCCACCACCGGUUACUAUUCGUGAACAUCCACCACCACUACCACCACCUGAAGGUACUACUAUUAUUGAUAAAAUGAUUCCAGCUGCACCAAAACCACAGCGUCAAGUAAUCGUUGAACAAUAUCCUCAAUUACCACCCAAACCUCAAAAUGUUAUUAUAGAACGAUGGCUUCCUAUGCCACCACGUAAACGACCUAUUUUCUAUCAACGUUUACCUGCUCCUACUGUUAAUCAGCCAACAAGACCAAUGAUUAUUCAAUAUAGUCAACCACAAGUACGUAUUCAACGUGAAAUUCGUACUGAACCUUGUGUACAAUAUCCUUGUCCACCAGUACCAUGUCCUUGUCCACCGGUACCAUGUCCUUGUCCACCGGUACCAUGUCCUUGUCCACCGGUGCCAUGUCCUACAGAUAUAAAUCAAAUAUUAUCACAAAUUGGUACAAAUCAACAUAUGUGUUCAACAUUACCACCUUCGUCUUUAACGUCAUAUAAUCCAUGUUCAACAUUACAGCAAUGUUGUUGUUGUAUAAGUCAACCUCAAUCAAAUAUGGUUAUUAUGCAAAAAGAACAACAACCAUGUACAAUACCUUCAUCAUGUUAUGCUAUGCCAUUAACUUGUGUAUGUUCAGCAAAAUCAACCCCGGGAUUAGGUGGAUAUGGUUGUGGUAUAACAACUAUGCCAACUGUUGGUCAAUGUGGUAGACAAACAACAGUUUAUAAUGUACCUGAAAAUAUUCCAAUUGAUAAUGUUAUGCGUCAAUUUGGUAUUGAUCCAUCUUGUAUUCAACGUCCAACAAAUAUGAUUCCAUAUGAAACUCAAUCUUCUAGAAAUCGUAUUCUUGAUCAAAAUUUACCAUCAUCAUCAGAAAGAUUCGGUGGUUCAUCUAGUCUUUUUAUUGAAAACCGAUAA